UGUCAUUAUGGGUCUUUCGAUUUCUAAACUUCUUUCUGGCCUAUGGGGCAAGAAGGAAAUGCGUAUUCUCAUGGUCGGUCUUGAUGCUGCAGGAAAAACCACUAUUCUUUACAAGCUCAAGUUGGGCGAAAUUGUCACCACCAUUCCUACUAUUGGUUUCAAUGUCGAGACUGUAGAAUACAAAAACAUUAGCUUUACUGUGUGGGAUGUUGGUGGUCAAGACAAGAUUCGUCCUCUCUGGAGACAUUACUUCCAAAAUACUCAAGGUAUUAUUUUUGUUGUCGACUCGAACGACAGAGACCGUGUUGGCGAAGCCCGUGAUGAACUUCAACGUAUGCUCAAUGAAGACGAACUGCGCGAUGCUCUCUUGCUUGUAUUUGCCAACAAGCAAGAUCUGCCCAACGCAAUGAAUGCUGCUGAAAUCACUGAAAAGCUUGGUCUGCAAUCUCUCCGUCAACGCAACUGGUGGAUCCAGGCCACAUGUGCUACUUCUGGUGAUGGUCUUUAUGAAGGUCUCGAGUGGUUGAGCACAAGUCUGAAGAAGAGAACUUGAAGUAUUUAGCUCUUUGGUGGUGUUGGUGGUAUUUGACUUUUGGAAAGAAUCUACAAACAAAAUCUCUUUUUCCUUGUC